AUGAGUGCCGACACGCAGACGGAACAUCGGAAGGGGCGGAGGACUGCCAACGCCUGCAUCGCGUGCCGACAGAGCAAAAUCAAAUGUUCCGGCGAGGAGCCGUGUUCAAACUGCCAGCGGCGCGCCGUCAGAUGUCGCUUUACAGAUGGCGGUAAUAAGAUUGUGGUCUCGGAAAGAUAUCUCCGAGAGUUGCAGAAGCUGUCCCGAACCCAACGACAAUUUACGACAAGACUACCCUCGCCCGUGACCCCUAGCCAGACUUCAAGUCCGCAGUCUGCUACAUUCAGGCCCAAUGCCGGUGAACAUGAUGGCAUGGGUUUGGCGUCCGCAACGAAUGGGGUAACACAACAGCAGCCCAGCGACAGCACGUUCAGCAUUUGGACCAGUCCCUUCGAAUGCCCUUCGAAGACAAUCAAGAACGUAUGCAGGGACAAGCGCAAAUGGAUAUGGCUGGCCCCUCGGUCGACAAUGUCUUUCAGUGUUCGUCUCGAGCUGAUGUUGACCGAAAAGCUUCACAUUGAAGCUACGACCAAUUUCUCCAAAUGUUUCGAGGCCGACACUUACAACUUAAAAUGGAAGCACGGCUCGACUGAUGACCCCCCUGACAUCAGCGAUCUGCCAUCGGUUGACCACGCCCUGUACCUAUUCCAUACAGUCAAGUUCCACCUUGGCCAUCACUAUCGAUCAUUCAACGACCGGGAAUUUAUCGACCACGUGCACCAAUUCUACUAUGGAAAUGCUCUCGAGAAGGCCACAGAGUCCCGUCUGUGGUUUGUCCAAUUCCUUCUUGUCCUGGCAUUCGUCAGCUCGUUCAGCACAGACUCGCAAGAGGACAGCACGCUCGGCCUUCAGGUCAAGCUGUCACAUUUGCUCUCGGUAAUUGUAACGACAAUAUACAAGGCCGGUAAAACUCAACUGGGCGUAUUUCUUGAGACAAUAAGGUCUACCCUGCGUACCAUGGCCGGGCAUGCCCAGGAGAUUGAGGACAUCGUCAGCACAAAGUUUCGAAACUCCGUCAAGACAAUGCCCAGGGUUACACGCCACAUCACAUUGCUUUACCAUCAGUGCGUGAUUGUAGCCACGAGACCCCUCCUCCUGUCUGUUCUCAAGGAGCGCCUGGAGAACAUGGACCUCGCAGAAGAAGACUGGCAGAGCUUUCUGGCUCUCACGACAAACCUGAUCUCCACCGGCAUCAACUCCGCGGUGAAAACACUGCAGAUACUGUCCGACAACGACAGUAUCCUCGAAACCUUCCUCCCCUUUGACCUCGAAUUCACCUAUGGCGCGGCCUUGCAUCUGAUCAUGGCCAACGCUAUAUUCCCUGGCACGGCCGGAAACGAAAGCUACGAACAACAGGCCCUCGAUAUCCUCGACGAGAUGAUCGGCAGAGGUAACAGAGUUGCCGCGAUGCGAAAAGCGGAGCUGGUCCGUCUUCAAGAGCUGUGCCAAGAGCUGGCCGUCCAGUCGGAACGGCGCGGUCUCCAGGCGCUGACGCUGGCAAGUCUGUCGGGGCCGGAGAUGGGCUACAGCAGCAAUCCUUCCCAUGAAGUGGAGCAGCCUGCGGUGUCGGCCUCGGAGCCCGCUCAGUUCGCCAUGUCUAUAUCUGAACACGCUACGGAUUCUUCCCCCUCGGAUUGCGCACAGACGGCCGGUCAUGCUGAGCUUUUUGAUAAUCUCGGAAUUUCUUCUUGUGAAUUUCUGUCGAUUGCGGAUCAGCUGGGGGAUCAUGACAUUCUCUCGUAUGGCCUGAUGGAUACGUUGCCGAACUGA